CUGAACUCAAAUCGACGUCGGACGAUGCUGUUAUUGUUCGGUUUGAAGAGUUUGGGGUGGUCGGUGCUUUGUUUUUUAUUUUUGGGGCUUCUUUAAGCUACCACUAGCAGGCUAAUUCCACUCAAAUAACAUCACCUGCUUGCCUGGGCUGAGGUUUAUUUUAAUAAUAAAGCAUUAUUCUAUCCAGGUAGUGGUAAGCCAACAAGUUAUUUCCCCAAAGCAGCUGAUGGAUGCGCGGGUAUCGGAGUUAUUUGGCUCAGGAAAUGGACACGGCUCUGGAUCUCAAGGUGUUGCGUCCAAUGUCAAGUCGGGCAAUGGCUACGGGGUAGCCCCCAAAAAGGCUUGUGUAAAGAACAACAAGAAACCCAAGGCUCGAUUCGCUCGAAACUACAAACCAAGCAAUAAUACCCCGUAUCUACCUCCAGAGGCUGAAGAGGGAAAUAUAGAGUACAAGCUAAAGCUGGUGAACCCCACGCAAUACCGCUUUGAGCACCUGGCUACACAAAUGAAAUGGCGACUGCAGGAGGGCAGAGGUGAAGCUGUUUAUCAAAUAGGUGUUGAGGAUAAUGGCAUGCUGGUGGGACUAGCAGAGGAAGAUAUGAGGACAUCACUAAAGACGCUACACAUGCUAGCGGAGAAAGUUGGAGCCGACAUUGCUGUUCUCAGAGAAAGAGACGUGGACUAUGACUCUGAUGUGCCUCGUAAGAUUGCUGAAGUUCUCAUUCGCAAAGUGCCAGAUGACCAGCAGUUCUUGGACCUACGAGUAGCUGUACUGGGUAACGUGGACUCGGGCAAGUCCACUCUGUUGGGUGUUUUGACACAGGGUGAGCUUGACAAUGGACGGGGAAGAGCGAGGCUCAAUCUCUUCAGACAUCUACAUGAGAUCCAGACUGGACGCACUUCAAGCAUCAGCUUUGAGAUCCUUGGCUUCAAUAGUAAAGGAGAGGUUGUGAAUUACAGCGAGUCUCGUACAGCAGAGGAAAUUUGUGAGAGUGCUUCUAAAAUGAUCACAUUCAUUGAUCUGGCGGGUCACCACAAGUACCUGAAGACCACCAUCUUUGGCCUCACCAGCUACUGUCCGGAUUUCGCUAUGCUGGUCGUCAGCGCAAAUACCGGCAUUGCUGGAACGACACGGGAGCAUCUUGGACUUGCCAUGGCCCUGAAGGUGCCCAUCUUCAUCGUCAUCAGUAAGGUGGACCUCUGUACGCGGGCCACAGUGGAGCGCACUGUGCGGCAGCUGGAGCGUGUCCUGAAGCAGCCGGGCUGUAAUAAGGUGCCCAUGGUUGUUAGCAAUACAGACGAUGCUGUCACAGCAGCACAGCAGUUCGCCCAAUCACCCAACAUCACACCCAUCUUCACCGUGUCCAGUGUGUCUGGAGAGAGUCUAGACUUGCUCAAGGUCUUCUUCAACACCAUCCCUCCUCUCAGCAACAGCAAGGAGCAGGAGGAGCUUAUGCAACAGCUAACUGAGUUUCAGGUGGAUGAGAUCUACACAGUGCCAGAGGUGGGGACUGUGGUGGGAGGUACUCUGUACAGUGGUAUUUGCCGUGAGGGAGAUCAUCUUGUAGUAGGGCCGACAGACUCCGGCCAAUUCCACAAGUUGACCAUUGGGAGCAUCCAAAGAAACCGCUCAGCAUGUAGGGUACUCAAGGCCGGUCAGGCUGCCACACUUGCCCUGGGCAACUUUGACCGCUCACUACUACGCAAGGGCAUGGUUAUGGUGAGUCCGGAGAUGGAUCCUACCAUCUGCUGGAUGUUUGAGGCUGAAAUUGUGCUGCUCUUUCAUGCCAAGACCUUUCACAAGGGCUUCCAGGUUACUGUGCACAUUGGCAAUGUGAGACAGACCGCCACUGUGGAAGCUGUAUAUGGCAAGGAGGAGCUGAGGACAGGGGAGAAAGCAGUGGUUGUCUUCAAGUUCAUCAAGCACCCAGAAUACCUAAAGGUGGGAGCUAAAGUUCUCUUCAGAGAAGGCGUGACUAAAGGGAUCGGUCACGUCACCAAAUUGCAGCCCAUAGCCCAGUACCAGCCAUCCCAAAGUGAGGAUGACGAAGCCUAAGUUUUUCAGA